GAAGAGGGCGUCGGCUCCCUUUUAGCCGGUAGAGGAGGAAGGUGCCGGGGACUGGCGAGCUGCUCGCGCACAACCGCGAGGUUCAGACUGCAGCGCGCGCGACGCGAGACGAGGACAGACGAGCUUAAAAACGGACAACCUCACAGUCGAGUAUCUUUUUUUCAACGGCGUCAAAAUAUAGAAACCACAGCGCAGCCAGCAUGUCGGUGCUAGCGCUGCAAGAGUACGAAUUCGAGAGGCAGUUCAACGAGGACGAAGCCAUACGAUGGAUGCAGGAGAACUGGAAGAAGUCGUUUCUCUUCGCGGCUCUCUACGUCGCCAUCAUCCUCGGUGGCCGCCGCGUCAUGAGACAGAGGGAGAAGUUCGAGCUGAGGAAGCCGCUGGUGCUCUGGUCGCUCACGCUGGCUCUGUUCAGUAUAUUCGGUGCCAUCCGUACUGGGAGCUUCAUGGUGUACAUCCUGAUGACCAAAGGGCUGCAGCGGUCCGUCUGUGACCAGAGCUUUUACAACGGGCCCGUCAGCAAGUUCUGGGCAUACGCCUUCGUCCUCAGCAAAGCACCAGAACUGGGCGACACGCUCUUCAUCGUCCUGAGGAAACAGAAGCUCAUCUUCCUCCACUGGUACCACCACGUCACGGUGCUGCUCUACUCCUGGUACUCCUACAAGGACAUGGUGGCCGGCGGCGGCUGGUUCAUGACCAUGAACUACCUGGUGCACGCCGUCAUGUACUCUUACUACGCGCUGCGGGCGGCCGGCUUCAAGGUGUCGCGCAAGUUCGCCAUGUUGAUCACCCUGACCCAGAUCGCCCAGAUGCUGAUGGGCUGCGUGGUCAACUACCUGGUGUACUCGUGGAUGCAGCAGGGCCAGGAGUGUCCGUCGCACAUGCAGAACGUCGUGUGGUCCUCGCUCAUGUACCUCAGCUACUUUGUGCUCUUCGUCCAGUUCUUCUGCGGGGCCUACGUCAGGAAGUCCAAGUCGAAGGCCUCGGCCGGCGCCGAGAAGAGCGAGUGAAGACGCGGAAGAGGGGCGACGACGGCGGCGACAGAGGGAGUUGGAAAAAGACCGGCGACUUGAGAUGAACUGUGUGCGUGUGCGGUGAGGGGUUGUUGGGAUGCAGGGGGUGGUGGGAGGAGGGUCGAGAGGACGGCUGGUGUUUUGCGCUUGAGCAUUAUUUUUAUUCUAAUGGACGCGGCGUCUCCGUCGAGGGAACGCCGAGGAAGCGGCGGGAGUCACGAUCAGAGCCGUCGUGACUUGUCCACCUGAAGUUUAAAAUCUCUUUUUUUUUAAACUAUAUAUAUUUUUAAAUAACCUAAAUAAAAUAUAACCACCACAAAAAAAAAAAAAAAUGUCACUGCCACACGCAUAUGUUUACUGGGUAUUAUACAAAUGGAUAAAUUGGUACAUAUGACGAUGGGCGGCGUCGACGUCGAUCCGAGUGUUUUUUGUCGUCUGUUGUGUUUUGUUUCGAUCCGUCGAAGAGGAAGUUUGAGACGCCGGUGCCAAGUCGGUGGUCGAUGAGAACUGGCGGCGUUGACGGCGCUGUAUCUUCUGUGUCUCGCGUUGCAAAACGCGAUAUUUUCUCAGGUCUUAGGUUAUCUCUUUCUUAAUAUAAUAUGCAUAUCAAGACAAAAGUAGACAUGUUUGACAUGGAGCCGGCGCGGCCGUUUAGUCGGGAAAGAGUGUGAAUGAAGCCGAUUGGACUGACUGCCUCAGGCGAUCACUCUGCUGCAAGGCAUGAUGGGAAGCGGAUGCUGACGGUGCCCCCCCCCCCCCCCCCCACGCAUCACCGCUCGUCAUGACCUCGCAGAAGUUGCCGAACACACUCGGAAAAAUGACUUGCAGUUGAUUUCCAAAACGCAUCCCCGCGCUGAAGGGUCCCGACCAGUGAAGAGUCUGUUGGACGCCGAAGGCUUAAAAUGGAGGACAAACAUAUUUAUUUAGCAAAAGAAGAAGAAAGAAGAAGAAAAAAAAUCAAACAUGCAAAUUGUUGAAAUCUGCGGUAUUGACUUUUAAAAGUACGAUGUAUCCUUAAUGGUGUCUGUUGUGCAUUUGUGCAUUUGCACUGUAUCAAUGUCAAAAACAGUUGUUGCCAAAAAAAUGUGACGUGC